AUGAUCAAAAUUUUGGACAUUGAAGCUGAUACUGAGCAUGUCCAUUUAAAAAUUCACGUCCCAGAGUUAAUAAAGCGGCAUAUUCACACAAAAACAGUCUGGGUAUAUCUUCACAGUCCGCCGAAGAAGAAAAAAAAGAAUAAUUACCCGAAAAAACAAAAUUAUUUAAAUGAAAACUUCAAUAGCUGGAGCGCUUCUUACGAAGAAAGUUAUAAUAAUCAUCAAGACCAAGGUGAGCCUCCCUUUUACGACGACUAUAGAGAGCCAGAAGACUACUCGGCGAGUCUUGAAGAACCUCCUCCAGUGACUAAAUUUGAAACUGGUGUUACUGGAUACUCAUACCCUCCUCAGUACCAUCAAAGUACUCACGGGAAUGAUUUUAAUGGAAAUGAAGAUGAUAAUGAUAAUAAUAGUGUUGAAAAUUCUUCUUAUGAACGGGUUAAGUAUAAUCAAGGACAUCAUCAUGCAGGGAAGCUACAAUCUGGACAUUUGUACACCGAUGAUGAGUACGCUAAAUUUUAUAAUAAUAAAAUUGAACAAUCUCCAGUUGAACAAGCUACUGAUGCUGCUAAUAAUAAUUUUAAAUUUGUGAGAAGUAAUUAUCUUCUUAAAUUACUUUCUGAUUAUUAA